UUUUAAAAUAAAUAAAAAUAAAAAAAUUUUAAAAAAUAAAAAGUCUUUGAAAUAAUUAAAAUUUAAAAUGGAGAGAUUCUAAUUUUGAAAAAAUAAUAAAAAUAUUUAUAAAAGCAAGAAUUCGAUUUAAAUUAGUAAAUAAAUAUUUAAUUAGGUAUAAUUCAUGACAAAAAUAAAAGGAUCAGAGGAGUUGUCGAUGUUUUUCUAUAUUUGUCGUAUUAUUAUAUGAUAUAAUAGAAAUAUUGAUUCAUUUAUCUUAUCAUAUGAAAAUACGGAAAAAAAAAGUAAAAAUAUGGAUAAAAAUAUAUUAUAUAUAUUAUAUAUUAUAUAUUAUAUAUUAUAUAGAGAAAAAGGAAAUGGGAAAGAGGAUGAUGAAAGGAGAGCAUUAGCACUACAUGCGCAGCUUGUCUCUCUGCCAGCUUUGCUUCUUCAAUCUUCAUCCAUUCCUCCAUUUCUCCAUUAUUGCUUCCAUUCUUCUUCUUCCUUUUCUUCUUCUCUUUCUCUCUCUACCCAACUUUCUUUCCCAUCUUCCAUUUCCACAUUCUUUCAUUUCUCAAUUUGAAUUUUUCGCCAAUGUCAUCCUCCGACGACGAAGGCGGUGAGGAGUAUCUCUUCAAGAUCGUUAUCAUCGGAGACUCUGCCGUCGGUAAGUCCAAUUUACUCUCUCGUUAUGCUAGAAACGAGUUCAAUCUCCACUCCAAAGCCACCAUCGGCGUCGAAUUUCAAACUCAGGUUAUGGAUAUUGACGGCAAAGAGGUUAAGGCUCAGAUUUGGGAUACUGCCGGCCAGGAAAGGUUCCGUGCUGUUACCUCUGCCUAUUACCGUGGUGCUGUUGGUGCUCUUAUCGUUUACGAUAUCAGCCGUCGCUCCACUUUCGAUAGUGUCGGCCGAUGGCUCGACGAGCUCAAGACUCAUUCCGAUACAACUGUAGCAAUGAUGCUAGUCGGGAACAAAUGCGAUUUGGAGAACAUUAGGGAUGUAACUGUCGAGGAAGGCACGAGUCUUGCAGAAGCCGAAGGGUUGUUCUUCAUGGAGACAUCUGCUCUAGACUCAACAAAUGUUAAAAGGGCUUUCGAAAUUGUGAUCCGAGAAAUAUACAACAAUGUGAGCAGGAAGGUCCUGAAUUCAGAUACGUACAAAGCAGAAUUAUCCGUGAACCGGGUGAGCCUCGUCAACAACGGUGGAUCGAAGCAAUCAGAAGGAUACUUAUCUUGCUGUUCCAGGUGAUUAUCUUUCAUCUUUCAUCUUUCAUCUCUUAGCUCCACAAAAUUUAGUGUUUUUGGUUGGUGUGGUGAAUCAAUCAAAUUUAUGUUUGGUUUCUUUCAUAAUUUCACUCAAAAGCUCCACAUAUGCAAUAUGUAAGACCAAUUUCCAAAUAUAGAAAUGAAAUUAUUUGUUUCAAUUUAAUUAAGAAGAGACAAUGAAAAAGAAAAACACUUUUUGUAUUAAUUAUUUAUUUGAACGAAGCAAAUUGUAAGAGCAAAUUUGAACA